AGCACUCUCGAUCCUUCUCUUUCUCUUCUCUCAAAGUCGACAAGAUGGCUUUGCGGUUGACGUUCAGGAGACGUCUUUCUUAUAACACCAAGUCCAACAGGAGACGAAUUUCCAAAACUCCAGGUGGUAAACUCGUUUAUCUGUAUACCAGGAAACAGGGAAAAGUUCCUAAAUGUGGAGACUGUAAAAAGAAACUCCAGGGCCUGCCUGCCAUGCGACCAAAGAAGCUGAUGCAAAUCUCCAAGCCUCAGAAGAAUGUAUCCAGGGCUUAUGGUGGAUCACGAUGUGCUGCCUGUGUGCGUCAAAGGAUUGUCCGUGCUUUCUUGAUUGAAGAGCAGAAGAUCGUCGUCAGAGUACUCAAGGCACAAGCUAAGAAACCUGCUGCAUCAUAAACCCUGAUCUUCUCCUAAUAAAUAAAAAUUUGGUGUAAAUAAUA